AUGUCAGAGUAUUCUGCUAGUACUGCGCAGCAGGUAUUCAGUGAGACCAGACGACUCUCGGCCAUAGCCCCUACUUCUCCUCGUAAAGAAAAUAUCAAUAAAAGCAGCGAGAAUAUUAGUAACGCCAACAGUCCAAUGUCUUCAAAUAACGUGGCGACAGGUUGUGAUCAAGAGACCUUUAUUCCUCAACUUCCACAACCUCAAUACAAAACUUCAAAGGGUGGAAACCCUGUUCCUAGUUUCGAGUAUCUGUCAUAUGAUAGAGUUCAAGACUUAUAUGAACAAAAUAAAGGAACUCUAUAUUUUAUCCCUGAAGGUUUUGAACCUGUUCUAGUUCCUAAUGAUGCUAAAGCUACAUCUGUGACAAAUUUGCUUGAAAAUGCAAAACCAGUGUCUGCAGCACCAAAUGUCCCAAGGAUGCUUCCCGAUACUGAUGUUCGAUUACCUUCUUUCGCUCUUCCAUGUGGUGUUGCGGGACCUACUCCCAAAACCACUUCUACAAAUUCAAAGACCAAGAUUAAGAAACCUCCGAGACCACCAAAUGCUUUUAUCCUUUACAGAAGAGCAAAGCAACCUGGAAUAGUUGCUAAAAAUCAAGGUAUCACUAAUAACGAAGUUUCUAAGGAAAUCGGCAGAAUGUGGCAUGAAGAACCUCAAGAAGUUCGUUCUAAAUUCCAAAAAAUGGCGGAUGCUGCUAAACAGGAACAUAUGAAGAAGUAUCCAGAAUAUAGGUAUCGCCCAAGAAGACCUCAAGAAAGAAAGCGAAGGAUUCAACCACGAGAAGAUUCACCAUCAGCUCAAAGUUCUACUCCAUCUUCUAACAACUUAUCUAUGAUUGACGCCUCAGCAUUUUUCCCAAGGCGUGUCUCUUCAAUAUCAACUGAUGGUGAAAAUUCCGAGAUUUAUACACCAACCACCAUGUUGAACCACAACAUUAAUAUCCUACAACACCCUCAACAUCAACAAUUGUUGUAUGCAGACAGUCCAUUAAAUGGUUCCCCUCAACAAUAUAUGGACUCUUCGAUGGCAAAAUAUGAUUAUCCUUAUAUGGAUGAUUCCCAUUCAUAUGAUGGUAGUCCAGUAUCUGCAACAGCAACAACCUUUGUAAAUACUCCAAUGACAACAUCUGGUGGCAUGAUUGAUUUCAAUGUAUUUGAUACAAAUCCUCCCGCGCCGGGAGAAGCCAUGGAAUACCUUGGAAUGGGAGAUUAUAUUGAUGCUUUUGAUCAAUAUGAUAAUAUGGCUUCACUUAACUUUAUCUCGGCUGAUGAACAGUUUAUUCGCAACCAACAUUUCGUGAAACUCGAUAAAUACUAUUGA